GAUAUAGAAGAUGCCGACAGACAAGUGAAUGAGUAUGUGACAGAUAAUGGCUGAAAAAAGCCAGGAUUUUACUGACUUUGGGAGCAGAAUUGAAGAAUAUCACCCGAUGAAUGAUGGCCUUGGCUCAGAGACAACGGAGGAGGUGGAACCCCAGAAACAGAGAGUGAUAUACAUCAAUGCCCCCCAGCCAGUCAAAUACUGCUACAACAAAAUCAGUACAGCCAAAUACAGUUUUUUAACCUUCCUUCCCAAGUUCCUCUUUGAGCAGUUUAGGAAAUAUGCCAAUAUCUUCUUCCUCUUCAUCUCACUGCUACAGCAAAUUCCCACUGUGUCCCCUACAGGACGAUACACCACAGCAGUCCCUCUACUGGUCAUUCUUAGUAUCUCAGCUGUCAAAGAAAUUAUUGAGGAUUAUAAAAGACAUAGACAAGAUGAUGAAGUAAACAACAGGGAAGUUUUAGUUUUACGCAAUGGAGUUUGGACAAGGGCCCGCUGGAUGGACAUCCUUGUGGGUGACCUUGUCAAGGUCACUAGUGGUCAGUUCUUCCCAGCUGACAUGAUAUUGUUGUCAUCAAGUGAACCACAAGCGAUGUGUUAUAUAGAAACCUCAAACUUAGAUGGGGAAACGAAUCUCAAAAUUAGACAGGGUUUGCCUCAGACCUCCAAACUGUUGACCCACAAUGACCUUCUAGAUCUAGCGGGAACGGUGGAAUGUGAGCUGCCAAACAGACAUCUUUAUGACUUUGUGGGCAACAUCCGACCCUCAGGAAGAAUGGCCAUUCCUCUGGGACCAGAUCAACUCCUGUUAAGAGGAGCCAUGCUGAGAAACACAAAAUGGAUAUUUGGCAUUGUCAUUUACACUGGUCAUGAUAGCAAACUGAUGCUCAACUCCACAUCCGCCCCUCUGAAGAGAUCUCACGUAGAGAAAGUCACCAACAUACAGAUCCUCUUUCUGUUUGGAGUGUUGAUUUUCCUCGCCCUUGCCAGCACCAUAGCUAACAAAGUAUGGACGUCAUGGCAUGUCAACAAAGACUGGUAUUUAGCUUACCAAGAUUCUCCACCCAGUAACUUUGGCUAUAACUUUCUGACCUUCAUCAUUCUGUAUAAUAACCUCAUCCCUAUCAGUCUCCAGGUCACGUUAGAGGUCGUCAAGUUCAUCCAGGCCAUCUUCAUCAACUGGGAUUUGGACAUGUACCAUGAGGAGACUGAUACCCCCGCCAUGGCUCGGACAUCUAAUCUCAAUGAGGAGCUAGGACAGGUGAAAUACAUUUUUUCUGACAAGACUGGGACACUGACUCGGAAUGUUAUGGUGUUUAAAAAAUGCAGCAUAGCUGGUGUACCAUACGGAAGUGAUGAAGAAGACAUAGAAGGCUUCAAGGACCACACCCUUAUAGAGAACUUAAAAAACAACCACGUCACAGCUCCAGUCAUCAGGGAAUUCCUGACAUUAAUGGCAGUGUGUCACACGGUAGUACCAGAAAAUAAAAAUGGAGACAAAAAUUCUGUGGAAUAUCAGGCUUCUUCUCCAGAUGAGGGAGCUCUGGUGAAGGGUGCUAGGGAACUGGGCUUCUUCUUCAAAACUAGGACCCCAGACACUGUUACAGUAGAAGUGGAUGGAGAAGAUGAAGUGUAUGAGAUUCUGAAUGUUUUAGAAUUCACAAGCACAAGGAAGAGAAUGUCAGUGGUAGUCAGGACUCCCUCAGGACAAAUCAAACUCCUUUGUAAAGGAGCAGAUACAGUUAUAUAUGAGAGACUGGAUGAUAAACAAAUGUACAGAGAUAUUACUAUACAACACCUAGAGGAGUUUGCAUCCUUAGGUCUACGCACAUUAUGUAUAGCCUCAACUGAUGUGACAGAGGAAUUCUAUGAUGAAUGGAAGCACACAUAUUACAAAGCCAGUACCUCACUACAGAACCGAGACAAAAAACUCGAGGAGGCAGCAGAACUUAUAGAGAGGAAUCUCCAUCUUCUGGGUGCUACAGCCAUUGAAGAUAAACUUCAGGAGGGUGUUCCAGAAACUAUCUCCAAUCUGGCCAAAGCAGAUAUUAAAAUCUGGGUCCUUACUGGGGACAAACAAGAAACAGCCAUAAAUAUAGGAUACUCUUGCCAGUUGUUAACACAAGGGAUGCCACUCCUGAUUAUUAAUGAACACAGUCUGGACGGGACACGUGAGACCCUGAGGAAGCAUGUCCAGGAUUUUGGGGACCUGCUCUGUAAGGAGAAUGAUGUAGGCCUUAUUAUUGAUGGACAGACUCUGGACUUUAUAUUUCCGUCACAUGAAUGCCUUAAAAAGCCAAUCAAAAAGCGGCUAGGAAGAAAAAAGACAUUGAAGUAUGGCCUGUCUUGUGACUGCAGAAAAGACUUCCUAGAUUUAGCAAUCUCCUGUAAAGCUGUCAUCUGUUGUAGGGUAUCUCCUCUACAAAAGGCAGAAAUAGUCGACUUGGUCAAAGACUCUGUCAAAAAAAUCACACUGGCCAUUGGUGAUGGUGCUAAUGAUGUAGGGAUGAUUCAGGCAGCACAUGUGGGGGUAGGGAUCAGUGGAGUAGAAGGACUACAGGCAGCAUGUGCUUCAGAUUACGCAAUCGCUCAGUUUCGUUUUCUGAAUAAGUUGCUUCUGAUCCACGGAGCCUGGAGUUAUUCACGCCUUUGUAAACUAAUCCUCUACUCCUUCUAUAAGAAUAUCUGUCUCUAUGUCAUAGAGUUCUGGUUUGCUAUUAUGAAUGGUUUCUCAGGACAGAUUCUGUUUGAAAGAUGGAGUAUAGGUUUUUACAAUGUGAUAUUCACGGCAGCCCCUCCCCUAGCUAUGGGUCUGUUUGAUCGUAUUUGUAGUGCUGAGAGUAUGAUGAAGUUUCCAGCUCUCUACAAGGCAUCACAGAAUGCGGAGCUUUUCAAUGCCAAGGUAUUCUGGAUGUGGAUAUUUAAUUCUUUGUUUCAUUCAAUUAUUCUUUUCUGGCUUCCUGUGUGUGCUCUUCGACAAGAUAUUGCGUUUUCCAAUGGACAAUCAGGGGGUUACCUCUUCCUAGGAAACUUUGUAUAUACUUAUGUUGUAGUAACAGUAUGUUUAAAGGCUGGUCUUGAGACAAGUGCUUGGACCUGGCUGACACACCUGGCUAUAUGGGGCAGUAUAGCCAGCUGGUUCCUCUUUCUGCUAGUGUACAGUCAUAUUUACAUGAUAGUAGACCUAGCUCCAGAAAUGCUGGGGAUGGACAUAAUAUUUACCUGCUCCAUCUUUUGGAUGGGAUUGAUUCUGAUUCCGUUUAUUUGCCUCAUACGUGAUGUGGCCUGGAAAGCGUACAAGAGGACGAUGCACAAAACUCUGAAGGAGGAGGUUCAGGAGAAAGAGAAGCUUCAUGAGGACCCGACUCCUGUCGUCAUCCGACUGACCAAGAAAAGGUUGACAGAAACAGCUCGCCUGUUGAGAAAUGUGUUUACACGAUCGUCCACGAGGAUGCAGUCAGCCGCAGAACAACCUCGUUUUCCAUUUUCGAUACAAAAUGUAAGAGGAAGUUACAGGAGAACAGAUGAUGGGUUUGCAUUUUCUCAGGAAGAACAUGGAGUUCUUACUCAGGCUCAGCUGAUACGAGUUUAUGAUUCAACAAAGAGUAAGCCAGAGGGGCUGUAAGAGGUCCUUAGUGACUCGGCUAUGGGGAGUAGUGUCCAGUGUGGUGUCUACAGUGUGUAGGAGUAUCCACUGUGAAGUGUCUACAGCCUCUAGGAGUAUCCACUGUGAAGUGUCUACAGCCUCUAGGAGUAUCCACUGUGAAGUGGGUCCAUUGUCUACAGUGUCUGGUCUUUGGAACUCUUUUGAGGGACCAUGUGCAAUACAUUUUCAUCAUCUUUCCUUGAUUACAUGUACUGACUACACAUUCCUGAAUUCUGUACGAGACUUCUAAUAAACAUUUUCCACUCCGUGGACACUUUCAUUUUCUUAAUGUCUUUAUGUAAACAGAAGUGCAAUAUUGAAUGAGUGCAUAAUUAGAUUAUAAAAGAUCAUUCUUCAUGUAAAUCAUUUUACAGUAUAUUUAUACUGACAUUGUCUGUUAGUUUAUUUAUAUAUAACAUUGUCAGCAUAGUAGUACAUACUGAUGUUGUAUAUUAGUACAUAUUCAUUGAACAUUGUCAGUGUAUUAGUUCUUGUUCUGGUAUAUUGACAUUUUUUGUGUAUUAGUACAUGUAUAAUCAAAUCCUGAAUUGUUUUUCUUAUAAUCAUUCUAUAAUUGUUCAACUCUCUAAAAUUGUGAAUGAAAACUUUUGUUUUGUUUUUUUUUUUCACAGAGGAUGAAAACUUGACAUUUUAUUUCCAAGUACAUGUAUUACUAAGUUCAUGUUUAUAUACCCUGAAUUAGGGUGUCUUAGCCAAGAUAAUGUGACAUUUUUACACAGUAGAAAUGAUUUAUUGAGAUUAUUUAUUGUUAAUAUUUUCAGGUUUUAGCAGUUUGUUAAUGAUAAUUUGCAUCAUGUAAUUAUGUUUUGUUGUGAAGCUGUUUAUGAUAAUGCUUUUUAGCAUUUGUAAGUCUGACAGUAGGAAUAUCAGAGAGUCAUUGUGUUUAAUAUAGUUUAAAGCAAGUAAUUAAUAUAUUCUCUGCAGUUUGAGAAGUGAUCCAAGAUGAUUUUUAGUUUUAUUGGUUGGAGAUGGAUGUGUCUGCCAUCUGAAUGUAUUUGUCGAUUUGUGUCUAAAAAUAUUUUCCAAGUGUUACUCCUUCUCCUCCAAUUUUAUUUUAAUUUCAAUACUACAAAUAUAUUAAAACUACAGCAAAAGACAAUUCUUCAAAAAAGUGAAAGGUGGGCCUCUCCCCAUACUACAGGCCCGUAAUUUAUAUGUAUAUAGUGCAUGUACAAUGGUAUACUUGCAAAAGCAUUUAGAGUUAGAAAUGGAACUUCUACACUCAAGAGGUUGAAAUGUUGCACUAUGUGAGGAUUUUAAAUUGCUGUUGUUUAAGUUCCUGGUCAUUUUUUUUCCCUUUUACACCAAAUUAGGGGUAUUUGACGUCCUACUAAUUUAGAUGUCUGAAAAUUGUGUAUUGUCUGUUUAAAUUUUUGAUGUAGGCCUAAUUGAAUAGUCAUGAGAACUUCCCUCACUAAUAAGUUAGAACAAAAUUAGAGCAUAGUGGAAAUGGAAACAUCAUCCUCAUAGUCUGUAUCAUUGCGUAAUGUUAUUUAGUUAAAACAAAGUUUUUUAUCCAGCUCAUCAUUCAGAAAAUUCCAGUAUUUGUACAUGUAUAUACUAUGUCUCCAAGUAUUAUUGUUAAUUAAUCAUCCUUAUGUAGGACUUUUUUCUAUUUUAAAUACUUAAAACAAAUUAUGUAGUAGAUGCACAGUCAGAUUUCAAGACUUUUGCACUAAGUCAAAGAAAAAAAGGUGUGGGUAAUGUAAUGAUGUUCAGUCUUGUCUAGAUAUACUAGGGGAUUUUUAACUUUCUUAAUGACUUAUACAUAUUAAACUGUGACUUUAUGAUUGAAUACUGCACCCAGAACUAUAUGAUAAGCGAUAUGUUUCUGCUAUGAUUGUAUUGAUGAAAGAAAAUAAACUGUGUCAGAUAUA